GCCUGGUCAGAGUCGUCAACAGGGCACUGUGCUCUGCCAAAAUCCCUGGACUUGUACCGUCAUCGGCUUCUGGAUGGGGCAUAUCCUGAUCAGCAGAGCCUUGAUGGACGCGUUGCCAAGUGAUUACGGUACACGGUGGCGCCCCAGCCUGUUCUUGUAUAGAAUAUCGCCUGUCGCACGACCAAGUUCUACUUCGUAAUCUUGAGCCUUCAUUGCCCAUGUCUCUUUCCCUCUUCCAAUUUAUUUUAUUUCGCCUGUACAGUUCGUUCAUUUCUAACCCCACGGAAGGAAAAGCUGCAUAACGACUCCCCUCAUCGCCAAGUGUACCGGGAAUCGUUGUUGUUUUCAUCUUUGCAGAGGCACGCGACUUCUUGGCACAAGUUUUCCAUGAUCCAUUAGAAAAAUCAGUUGCUUUUGUUGUUCAGAUUUGCAAUCUGAUAUGCGUGGGUCAGCUCGUCCCCGAAUCUUAUCAGCAACUUUAUUCAUACGAUAAGAUCUUAUACAACCUUGCCAUCCUAUACAGAAAGCAUCGGAGAUAUCAAUCCGCAUCUUAUCGAAACUAUCUAUCGUCACGACUUUCUGAAUUGGAGGAGCAGCGGCAAUUGACUUCAGCAUCUCGCCCUUGGAUAAUUUCUUAAUAGCAGACGACGUUCUGAGUAUGAACAUUCUGUCGUUCUUCUCGUUUAAACCUGGCCAGCCGGGAAUGUCACCUAAUGAGAUCCCUCUGGAGGAGCCUUUGCUUACUGACAAGAUGGACGACACCGAGAGCUCUGAAAAGUCCGAGCACGAGAACAACAUGCAGGAUCUCGAAGCACAGAAAUUCUUCAGGCCAGACGCAGCCUCAUCAGCGCCACCGCUGGCGGUGGAGUACCGAACAAACAUGAAAACGAAGAUUGUCUAUCUUGCCGGGUAUUUCCUUCUCAACCUCAGUCUUACUCUGUAUAACAAGGCUCUGCUGGGACCCUUUCGAUUUCCGUGGCUGCUCACUUGCAUCCACUCAAGUUUUGCGGCCCUCGGCUGUUCUAUCCUCCAGCAUCGUGGGCACUUCACACCCACCGAACUCAACCGCAGCGAGCAAUUCAUCCUCGUCGCUUUCUCUGCUCUGUUUACGAUCAACAUCGCCAUGUCGAACGUCUCGCUUGCAAUGGUCUCCGUGCCUUUCCACCAAAUCAUGAGGUCCACCACUCCGGUCUUCACCAUCAUCAUUUAUCGCCUCAUGUAUUCUCGCACUUACGCCACGAGCACAUACCUGAGUCUAAUCCCGCUGAUCACGGGUGUGGCACUCACUACCUACGGUGACUACUACUUCACCGCUUUAGGAUUCUGGUGCACGCUUUCAGGAGCCGUACUUGCGGCUGUCAAGACGGUGUCCACCAACAGACUCAUGACGGGAAGCUUGAGCCUGCCCGCGUUGGAGCUCCUGGCUCGCAUGUCGCCUCUUGCGGCAAUCCAGUCGCUCGCCAUCUCAGCCCUAAGCGGCGAAAUACCCACCUUCAAGGAAUGGGUCGAUGCAGGGAACUUCACGAGAGGCGCCGCCCUCGCGCUCGUGGGAAACGGUAUCUUGGCUUUCAUGCUAAACGUGUCGAGCUUUCAGACGAACAAGGUCGCUGGCGCUCUCACAAUGACCGUGUGCGGGAACGUAAAGCAGUGCCUGACAGUCCUGUUCGGCAUAGUCCUUUUCAACGUGCGUGUCGACACCGUCAACGGAACGGGCAUGUUGCUCGCCCUCGGGGGUGCUGCGUGGUAUUCGAGCGUGGAGCUCAAGAGAAAGACAAGGGCCACAAAUACGUCACCUCAUCCUCAACCUGCGGAUCGAUAGUGUCGAAUUCGAAGCUCCUGAUUUUUUUUUUCACCUCACCAUUUUUUCCCUGCAUGGGUCAUAUUUCUGUUUGAUUGUAGCUAGCAUUGCAUCACGGGCGGCGUUCUUACACGUGGGUUUUCCAUUGCAUGUGGACAUCUCUGGCUUCCUGCGUUGUGACAAGGAGUCAGCUUGACAGGGUUUUUGCGGAGAGGUGGCCUGAAUGUGGUUGCACUGGGGUAAUAUUAGAUCGCCGUUGAUGACGCGGCACAAAACUCGCAUGCUCGACGAGUACCAACCAUUUCUUGCACAUGGCUUUCAGCCUCGCUGUUUGUCAAGUGCAUGACUGUUUCCAGACGAAUUGGCGCUAGCUAAUAUCCGUAGUUCAUUUGCCGUUCGCAUGGCCAUACGAAUUAGCUCGGCAUAUGAAGCGUUUUAGCGUGUUAAAGAAGGAGCUUGAACAGGCUCGGAAUUAUUAUAUACAACGAAUCUUCUUUAUCGUUGUGGCAGUCGAUUUGAUUUACUCGAUAUAGAGCAUAUGAAUAUUGUCCAGACACG